CUUUGCUGCCUUAGAGAAGACCUGGACGCUCCUGGUAGCGUGGCUAGUCCACCCCAGCCAGAACAUCCGCUACCUGAGCGAAAGGGGACUUCUCCAAAUUUAUGGCACCCUGAAGGCGGCCAAGAAACCCGAGGAUUUUAGUGCCGGGAUCCUGGCAGGGCUCAGGACCUCCAGUCUGGAAGUCACUUUGGGGGUCCUGGCCUUCAUGGAGCGGCUGAGGCACUGUCCAUCAGAACACCAGGCCACGGUGAAUGCUGUCCUGGCUGCCCUGUGCCGCCCUCUCUUCCACCACGAGGAGGCUAAGAUCCGAAGGGCAGCCAUGAGGACCCACCUGGAUCUCCUGCAGCACCGCCACCACCACCACAAGGGUACAGAGGAGAACAUCACGACCCUCAUCACGGUGCUGAUGCAUGUGGAGGAUGAAGACCUGGAGGUAGCACAGGCUGCGAAGGACAAUAUGAGCCUCCUGGCGGAAGCCCUCCUAUGGCACCUGGAGGGCAAGCUGCUGGCGCGGGACUCUUACAGCCUGCAGGAGCUGCUCCACAAGAUCGCCAAGCGCCUGAUUCGGCAGCUCGGCACAGAGGACGCCGUGGAGAUGGAGGCCACCAAGAUCCUGGGCUUCUUCCGCAGCAAGCAGCCUUCAGUGAGGAGAACGGCUGCCCUGCUGAUCGGUCACCUGGUCCACAAAAAGGGCAGCAUCCUCACUGAAGGGAACAUAGAGACCUUCCAUGCUGCGCUGGAGAGCUUGCUUGGCGACCAUGACCCCGAGGUCGGGAGAGUUGCCUGCAAGACAGAGAAGAUCGUGAAGAAGGCCUUUUCCCUCCACUCCCGGCACGGGCUGCGGGCUGCCGUUCGGCGCUUGUGGGCGGGCUGUAAGAAGAAGAGACACCCGCCAGAGUACGGUGAUCUCUCCACCUGACCGACUGGUGAGCAGACCAAGGAUCAACAGCCCCGUGCUCUCCCCUUGAAGAUCAGCAGCUGAAGGGAGGUUCAGGAAAGACCGUGCAGCGCAGGGGCCUCCCAGAAGACCUCCUCCAACCGCGUGGACACAAGAUCUGUCCACAAGAAGACAUCCAGCAGGGAAGUGCAGUUCUGUCUGAGGAGUGAGGGGGAAGCAGGCUCCACUCCCCUGGCCCAAGGAAGCCCCGCCUCUGGGGUGCAGAAGCCCCUCCCCUUGCUUCUGCUGGCAGGCUGUGGGAGGAGGCUACAGGACCAGCCUGCCCCCAAGUGGCCCUUUGGAACCAUUCUUGGGCUUCCCUUGGGUCCGGGGAGGCUGUGUGGCCCCAGCAGGAGGGCAAGGUGACUGCCUCCCUCCAUUCCCACCAGCUGGCCAGGGAGCGCCCCCUCCUCCUUCCACCUUUCUCCCCUUCCCCAGCGGCCUGGCUUCCCCUGGCAGGGGAAGCCCCAUCCAGGCAUCCGCCCCCUCCCCUGCCGAGGGUGUGCUCCUCCCCCCUCCACUCCCGCAGCCACGCCUCACUCCCCCCUCUGCUCCCUCCUCCUUCCUCCCAAACCGGUGCAGCAGCAGAGGAGCCUGGGAGACUCUGGGGGCCCCCUGCGGCCCCAGUAGCGCCCCCUGGUGCUGCCCGGUGGCAGGCCAGAGAAUCCUCCUCUCCCUCCUGCUCCAUGCUGUGGCUGCACAGUGGGGAGCCCGAGGUCAAGCAGAAUUCUCUGGCUUGCCCCCCCCCUCAACCCCCAGCCCCCUGCCCAAUCCCCACUUGCUGGGCUGCCGGAGUGGAAAGGGAGGAGGAGCAGGGCAACCCCACUGACGCUGCUUUGUGCUUCUUGCAGGCUUGUGCUGCUGCUGGGCGGCUGGAGGAGUCGAUCCGCCCCAGAAGAGGAGACCAUGUGAACGUGCCUGCAAGGAGCGGGGGUGGGGUGGGGUUGGGGGCUGGCUGGGACUCCCCCCAAUUUUGUUUGCCCUGCCAUUCCCUUCUUCUGUGUGACCCUGGGCUUCCUCCCUUCCCUCCUUCCCUUCCUCCCUCCCCCUCCCUCCCAGGGACAGAAUGGGCUUUGCUGGUCGUCCCAUUGGGGGCCGAGUAGGAAUUUUUGGCUUUCCAACAGAUUGGCCGAGAUGGAAAUUUUUUUUGCCUACUCCAUUCUGUCCUGUUUUGUUUCCUUUAGUUAGAAAGUUAAGUGACGACUUGUAACCUAUUUAAGUAUAUUAAUAAAGUUGCCCCUUUUGUUCAAAACA